CGAAUGUCCCAAUGGCCUGCUGCCGCAGCUGUCGCGGGCCGUGUACCGGAACCUCCAGGCCGGCCUGAACCUCCCGGACUACUACAUCGAGCUGGAUGACAAAGACAGCAGCAACGAGGACGACGACGAUGAUGACGUGGAUUGUGAUAACAACAGCCAAGGCAGCACCAGCAGUGAUAACCUCAACAAUUCCAACCCACCUCAACUCUAUGCCAGCAAGCUCCUGCAGGAGGUCAUUUCCCACGUUCAUGUUGUGGUCAAAGAGUGGGCACGGGCGACGCCCAACCUCCUGACCCCACCCACCUCCCUGCACGUGUGCGCACAUGCCAUCAAGAACACGCGCCGCAAGAUGGAGGAUCGGCACGUCAUCAUGAAUGAUCUCAACUCACUUUUUGACCUCAAGGAUAACCCGAGCCAGGCCUACUUCUCCGUGUUUGAUGGUCACGGAGGUCUGGAGGCAGCCGACUACGCCGCCACUCAUCUACACAUGCACCUGGUCCGCGAUGGCCAGUUUGACCUUGACCCUGCCUCUGCGAUGAAACAGGCAUACAAAAUGACAGACAUGCGCUUCCUGGAAAAAGCCGCUAGGGAGAAUUUGCGCUGUGGCACAACUGGGGUGUCAGCUUUGAUCCGAGACUCACAUCUGUACCUGGGCUGGCUGGGGGACUCACAGGCUCUGCUGGUCAGGGCCGGUCAGCCCCUGCAGAUUAUGAACCCUCACAAGCCAGAGAGAGAGGAUGAACGUCGCAGGAUUGAGGACCUGGGAGGAUGUGUCCUCUACUUCGGAGCUUGGAGAGUCAAUGGAAACAUCUCCGUGUCCAGGGCAAUUGGCGAUGCCCCCCACAAGCCUUUCAUCUGCAGUGAUGCGGAUGUGACCACGGUCACACUGACCGGUGAGGAAGAGUAUCUGGUGCUGGCUUGUGAUGGACUCUGGGAUGUGCUCUCCCCUGCUGAGGUGACACAAGUGGUCUACAAACAUUCUCACAGCUCACCCGGAGGACUGGACGACGUGGCCAUCGGGCUGGUCAACGCGGCGCGGGACGCGGGAUCCUCCGACAACAUCUCGGUGGUGGUCGUUCUCUUCAAGUCUACUCUGUCGGUCCCGCAGACAACAGGGGACGCGGCUAUCCUCCUGGGCCUCAACACGCUCUCCGACAAAACUAUGGACCAACUGAACAACUCUUCCUCCGCAAACACCUUUAAUUUCCCGAAACCCCCGACCCUGAAUGAAAAGCUCAAGUCGAAAGGCAAGACAGACCUUCAAGACGGGAAAGAAGAUUUGAUUGACGGCAGCAGCAGCUCGGAUGCUCUCCAUUAUCAUUCCAGAUGGACCGCAGGCAGCAGGAAACCUUCGCUCAAUUCAAACCACUCACGGGAUGUGGUUGUGGGAGGUACGGGUGGCAGCUUCCUCAACGGCAAGGGAAGUGCUCAGAACCUGUCGGCAGACAUGAUGUCAACGCCGUUUUCCCAUGAUUUGAUGCGGCAGGCUAUGUUUUACAUUUCCAAGAGACCUCCCCAGCAAGUGGAAGACACUCGUCUGGUGGAGAUGGCCUUAAGGCAGGCAAUGAGUGGGGAGAAAGUGAGGAAGAAGCAGAAAGAAAACAUUGCUGCCGGUGCGUAUUCGAAAAAGUCGGGUGUGAAAGAGCCACAGCGACCAGGUGUUAGGUCUUUCUCCUCUCGUAUCUCAAGCUCUCAGUUCUCCAGACCUCAGGGUCAGUUAAAAGGAGGCAGUCGGAAACGACAAAAGAAGAGGAAUCGGACCAAAUCACUGGCAGGGGAGACGAUCUGGGGUGUGACCAGCGACAGUGAGGAAGAGUGGGGAGUAGCCGCUGCGAUAGCGGCCGGAGAUGUUGGCUAUUUCAGAGAGAACUCCACGGCAUCUGUAUCCAGUAUGAUGCUGAGCAGCAGCAACAAAGGUGUGCAGAAAAGCCCGCGGAAGCUGAAGCCGUUACAAGUGAAGGGCACGACCUUGGCAGCAGCUGCGGUAGCCGAAGCGUCGAGAUGGGUGGCUGAGAAGAACAUCCAGCCAAUGAUGGAACUGUCGGGGACUUCACUCCCUUUGAGCAGCCGGACGGCUCUCCCGCGGAUCCUGCAGUCCAGGGAGAAAGCCAGCAAUGGCGCUUUCACGUACAAUAACGAUUUCGAUAAUUAUUCCAAAUUUGCGAUCCCAUUUGUGGACGGUGGUCAGGUGGGCGUCGUCCCAGCGCACAUGAGGCCACGGCGAGGGGUAUCUACGCUGUCUGAUACUGGCAUUCUUCACUCUCAGCAUAACGGCCGUGGUGGUGGUCUCAACUUCGAGACGGCAUCACAGUACUCAGACAGUGGUGGUGUAUCGCACCGGUCGCGACGUGGUAGGCUCUGGCAGAAAAAGUGAUUUGAGUGAGAGAGAGGGGAUGAUUCUGCUCUCGACAGAACUGACCCAAUGCAUUGGGUUGAUGCUGCGUGAGGGGCUCUGCGUCUGAAGAUUAAGAUGGUUUGUAUUGAUUGAAAAUGUAUUACCCUUAAUGGGAAAUUGCUUUGUUGAAAUCACAGCUGAUAUUUAAGCCCAACCCUUUAUCUUCAGAGAAUGAAAGUCACUAGCCAAACAAAGGAUGACUUCUUUGCCGUGACAAGUCUUGUGCAUUGAGCCAACUGUAAAUGAAAGUUGUUCUUUAAGUACAUGAAACACUAAUGGUUAUCAGGAAAAUCUCUUUUUGGUCAUUUUAUCAAAUGAUGUAGAAAAAUACCUUUUUACUAAAAAUAUCAAUGUAUGUAAUUUCUUAAGAAGCUUUGGAUAUAACAGAAUUUCAUGUGCUGGAAAAUUGCAUAGAUGUAUGCAUCAUGCAUCUUAUUUAAACUUUAUAUUCCAACCAAUUGGCCUCCAUUUUAUGUGCUGUAAAGCUUUUGGAACAUGCCUCUGGCUAUUAACUCACAGGUUCUGUUAUAAGUUUAUCUGUGAGUAAGAAAAAGGGAAGAAAGUUUAGAGACAAACUGUAUCGUCAUGUCAAGACUGUGUGUAAUGACUUGGACAUUUCCUGGCUUUAAGAGUUGAAAGGUUUGUGUCUGCAAAGCAAUGCAUGGCUUUUUAUGAUGAAAUCUUUUGAUUAUCUGCUGUCUUGGACGGGGGCGGAGGGGGGGGGGGGGGGGGGUGAUAUGAUAUAAGCGUACUGUCAUCAGUGUCAUAUGUCUCCCUUUCUCAGAGUUACCAUAUAAAAUUUUGGCACUACUUGCUGUGUAGUUUCAGUUAACUGUGUCGUUGCUGACACGUACUGCUGUGAUGUCAGUCAAAGUGCCUUUGUACCCAGCGUUGUGUCUAUGUGCAAGGCUUAUUUGUUGUUGUAUUCUUUUCUCUAGGCAUAGAGUAUGAUAGAGGUCUGAUGGAAAGGAUAAUGAGAUGGUCUGGCUAUUCAACCUUUCUUUGGAGAAAUUUAUAAUAUUAUAAUAUAUUAAUUCGGCUAGUUUAGUGGGGGGGUUUUUCUCCAAAAGCAGUGUAGUGGUAGUAGCAGAUAACAAGGUAAUGUAAUGUUGAAAUUUUCCAUGAAAAGUUUUCUUCGUUUUUUUUUCCCUUUAGAAUAAGUGAAAAGUUUGGCUGUGACUGAAAAGUUGAUUUUGUUUUUCCGGUCGUUUUUUUCCUGCUAUUUUGUUGGGUUUUUUCUCUCUCUUCUAUAUUUCUUAAGAUAUCAAGGGCCCUGGACAAUCAAAUUGGAAUUUGCUAUUUGAUUCAUGUCUUGCAAAGUACUUCUGAGAUUCUUUGUGGAGAAAAAAAAAAAUUAAGAGCCAAGACAAGCUCUCACGGCUUCACCAAGUAAAGAACAAGGUCUGAGUUUUGUUGAAAAAUGAAGAGCAGAAGAAAUGCUUUUGAAACAGUCGUGUAUGGAACUUGCUGUAGACAAUCAAAGAAAAAAAAUGAUGUUGUAUUUUAUGCAGAGGAUUAUGACAGAUUAUAUCAUCUGUCCUAUGUCUUGAGACUGGAAGGAUUUAUGUUAAUGCAUAUUUUUGUCACUAAAAACUAUCUUUAUUUUUUGUCCGUCUCGUCGGUCUAUGUGAUACUUGACGGCUGGAUUCUGGUAUUAUUAAAUUUAUAUGUAAGCUCUGAGCAUCUGUGAGUUCUUGUGCAGACUUUUUGUGUCUGAGCAUGCUUUUCACUUUCCUGUUGCUUCCUUGUAUUAUUAUUCAAUUUUGCUGUUUUUCAAUUUGUAUCGAGUUUACUGGAAAGGGCACAUAACUGUAUUUAUGCAUGGCGAUAUUCUCAUGAACUUACUACUAUAGAGGUUUUUUUUAUUAUGGAGAUACUCAGUAACAACACGAUAACCUCAUAUUUAUGAUGCACUAUGGACUUAUAUAUGGGGUCAAAGCGGUUCAGCUCAGCCAUGUUAUAGUGGCUGUAUUUCUCAGCCCAGAGACUUCGUAGCUUUACCCGUUGUACGUUUGGAGUGAGUUUGUCUCUCAAAGCUCAGCUUUUCUUCUUUUUGAUGGUUUUACUUAUUUUUUACUACUUCUUUUUUUUUCUUAUCUAGUAUAAAUCAAGACGAGAUUAAAUAUUUUAUGGGCAAUAAGUGUAUAAGAUUGUAUGUGUGUGUGCACAUGUGGAUUGAUGAGAUCUCGAUGUUGUUUGCUUUAGGCUUGUUGUACACUCAUAGGGCAUUUGGCAAGUUCGUUGUCCUUAUCCUUUCAGAUGCAAGAGUAUAUUGAUAGGCCUCUGUUUCCUGUUGAACAGACUUUUGUGCUUAAGAGAGAACUUUUGUGCUUAAAUUGUCAGUUGGUGGGUUUUUUUUAGUAAUGCUGGACUGACUGUUUCUUUUUCAAAAUGGCCAACCUGUGAAAUAUUACUUUUCCGGGGACAAAAAAAAAAGCUGCUCAAUUCACAAGCAUGCACACAGGUUUUGCCCCUUAUUUGUUUAAGAAUGAAGGGAAACAGUUUGUAGGAAAGCUGUUUUUGAAACGGCAUCUUAGGUAAAGAAUUUUUGUCCUAUUUUUAACUCGAAUUUUGCCUCUUAUUUCUAAAGAUACAUGAGUAUGUUACUGCAGCAAGUGAAAAUUAAGACCUCUUAAGCUUCUUUGAUAUGGAAUUGAAGAGAUUUUCUUUGCUGCAUUAAAAAAAAUUGCUUAUGAGGUAUAAUUAAUUUGAUCCACUAUUUUAAACUUUAAUGUUCCAUGAUUUGAAAUUAUAAGCCUUUUUAAAAAAUGUUAAUGGGUGUGUGUGUGUGGGGAGGGGGGGGGGAGGCGGCUGUUGGUUUUGGGGGUGUAGAGGAGAGCAGAGUAGAAGAGAGGAUUCCUCGACUUGGUCAAGUACGUCUGAACUGGUCUAUUUUGGCUAAAGGAUUGCUUACUUUGUAUGGUAUCCGCACGAAGGUCUGUGCUGUGGUAAUGAUUUAGCAGAUGUGUACAACCUGCUGCUAGCAGUGCCUGAGUCAGAGGUCCUGGUAUGCUUGUGAGACGUGUGUGUUUGAUUUGCUUGUCUGCUUUCAUUUGGUUGGUGAUGCAGUCAAAGCAGUGCAUAUUUUUUCCCUUUUGUUAUCAUCACAGGCACUUUGUAUGUGUAAAUAAACAGUAUAUUACAGAUAUAUAUACGUAUAUAUAUAUCUUUCACAAGUCUUCUGUUAUGAGAAAGGCAGCUAUCCUAUUCAUAAUAUCAAAUAUUGUUUGACGUAUAAUCAUUGUUUUUGCCCACCACCCCUGUUUGUUUAUGUUGCCUGGAUUGGUUUGUUUGUUGUUGUUUUUUCUUAUUGUUUCCUUUUAUAUAUAAUAUGUCAGAGUGCUAAACAUGUGUUAAACAGGUCAUAUGAAGGGCUUUGGUUAAAAAAGCAGUGUCUCCUAAACGUGAAAAAUGUAGAAAAACCUGAUUGUGUGAUUCAAAGUAUACUGUUAAAGAAAGCGAAAUUGAAACGGAGUAUGGUAGUACAGUCUUUUUUUUCUGCAGUUUUUGUGAAAAAAAUAUUUCAAAAACAUUAAAAAAUUAGAUAUCAUGGACCCAACGAGCGAUCCAAAGGGAGAAGAUGAAUAAUUAUGUUACAUGGCCCUUCAUAUACUAUGGUGUACCAGUGUUGAAUUAUUGUUGCUUGGUUUCCACUCUGACAUUUGCACAUAUCAGGAAUGUCGCAGAAAUUCCGAGGAUCUCGAGUGUGAUUAUGAGAGAGCAGAAGAGCAGAAUGUUUAUGGUUUUUGUGCAUCGAAUAUUAGCCUUUCUGUUCAUGUCUUAUAAAUGAAUUUGUGAUCUUAGAUACAUGUUUGAAUUUGAUUGAAAGAAAUGUGCACAUAUGUGUUGAUGUGCAUAUGUGUUGGUGUGCAUAUGUGUUUUGUGCACUGUGAUUAUGAUUUCUCCUGCUGCUUGAAAAUAGCAAUAAAAAUUAACGAGAAUGUGUAUGUGACUGAUUGUAAGCGUGUGAGAGAAGCAGCGAAAAGGGGUUUCAGAAAAGUGAAUUGCCUUCUUGACUAGUAAAGAGUAGCUAAAAGUUAAAAGACAACAGGGAGAAUAAAGACCACUGGUAUGUGAUGUGUCUUUAUAUAUAUGAAAGAAAAAGAAAGGGGUGAGAUGGAGGUACGGAUCAAUCAAUAGACAAACCGCCUUAUUGUUUGUCAACUCUUAUUUGUCUUACAUUACAAGCGAAAAGUGUACUGUUUGUAUUAUGUGUAGAUUUAAGCGUAUAUAACAUAUUUAUGUGACUCGAGAUAUUGAAAGGUCAGAAUGGAUGAGCACUUACAUUUGAGUCGUGUGAGAAUUAGGUUUGAAAUUUGAAUAUGAACACCUUUUCCAUUUGUGUGUAUAUGUAAUGAAUAUUUAGAUAAAAUUGGAAGUGCCUAUAUUUUUCUAACAAUUUCUUUUAAAAGGCAGCAUACUCGAACAUGUUGUCCAAAAGCAAUGGUAUCAGUUAUCUUGAAUUGGGUUUUUUUUCAUUCUCGCCGAUAUAUAAAUGGCUGAAAUUUUUCUUUUGAAAUUUUAAUUAUUAUGUUAGCUUCACUUUAGCAUCAGAUAAUUUUACACUUAAGAUUUGGUUCAAAUCGGCUUUUCAGUCGUAAUCGAUAUCAAUAUCCCGAGUCACAAGUAUAGAAUUAUAUACGAUAUCUACGAAUGUGGAAGGAUGACAUGAAAAGGACAAGGAAAAUUAUGUAUUCGGCUAAUACACCCUGAUUUCUACCUUCUUGAUAGUCUAAAAUGGUGGGAGGCUUUCUGUUGUAUCAGAAAAACAGUGUAGAUUACUUAAACUGAAGCCUGCAGAACCAUCAGAUUUUUUUUGGUGUAGAUCUAGUCGUAUCUUUGUUUUUGAGAGAGAGAAUGCUAAAAAAAUUUACUCGAAUAAUUCUUCCUUCAUAUCUUGAUGGCUUCUUUUUUUUUAAUCUUCUGUAACGGGGGCAGGAGAAAAACGUGCUGUCUUUUGUUGUUUAAAUUUCAAGAAACAAAAAAAAAAGGAUUCCUUCUUCUUCCGUAUUAUCACUAUAUUAUUCUGAUUAAUCGUUUUCUGUUUAAAUUAAGCGAUUUGCACUUCAUAUUUGUUGCUCCAGGUGUUUGCGUGUAUGUUCAUGUUUGCAUGUGUUUGUGUGUGUGUGUAUGUGUGUGUGCAUGCAUGCGUUCAUGUGUGCGUGCAUGUUGCAAGAGUUGUGUCCAGGCUCAGUGUAGUGUAUCAGUUGAUUGUCACUCAGGGAAGUUGUUUCUUUGUUAAAAAUGAGUUUGUUGUUUUGGACUAUCAUCGGCACACUGUGAAUGUGAAGAGGUUUUAAUGAUUCUAUGAAGUAUGUUCUGUAAUUGCAUCAUUGUUUUCGAUAUGGAGAGAGUUAUUGUCACAAGUGACUAAACUGAUUAAAGCUGCAAGAAGCUGCCCAAUGUUUUUAAAAACAUUUCUGAAGUUUCUGCACUGCUAAAUGGUUUCCUCCUCUAUUUCAGAAACUAAAAAAAAAAAGAAAAAAAGUUAAAAAUACUGAUGACAACAUUUUUUUAAUAGCAGUUGGUACUCAUUUCUUGGAGUGAUGUUAUAGUGUAUGGAGCUAGUUUUUGAGGAAUGAAAUCAGCACUGGUGCUGACAUCGAUAAUAUCAUGGUGAGUUGAUUGCCAAGGAUCCAUUUUUAAUUUUAGAGAAUGAACCAGCGUGUAGGGCACCGUCUUUGCUGUCAUCAUUAGUGCUGAUUCUGAACUGAACCAAUGUAGAAUUGCAGUAUAUUGUAUCUGUGACUUCAGAUGAAGUAAGGGACCAGUUUGUCAAGUGAAUGACACAAAAAGAUGUGAAAUAUUUAUGUUAAGUAUAAUGUAAUCAAACUUUAAUCAAAAAAGAGCUAUAUCUCAAUUAUCUAUUGCGCCUUCCUUCUAAGCCAACUUUUUCAUAGAUAUAUACAUAAUGGUUCAGUUGAGGUCGUUUUCAUUCGCCUUAUUUACUGGGAAAUUGACUUAGGUUAAUGUUGUGCUCUUUAUUGUAGCUACAGAUUUCAUAUGAUACAAUUUGUAAUGGGUUGAUAGAUGUUUGACGUAAUACACACGUAUAGCUGUAGUCAUUUUGCCAUUUUUUGUUUGAGUAGCUUGCUUUAAAUAGUGAUUAUCUAGGGUUUGCAAUGGGGGAAAGUCUAUUGAAUUUGUGUGGCACCAUCAUGGAUUGGUGUGAGCAGGAAAAGAGAGGGUCAUCUUGAAAGUUGGAGUAAAUGGGAUUUUUGUUUUGCUGUUUCUUCUUAAAGCUGAGCUGCAAGUUGGUCAGAUUAGAUUUCUCUUUUCCGUCAUAGCACGGAGGUAUCUCUUUGAUCAUUGUCUUAAAAAGACGGUGCAAGUUUUAGGCACAAGAAAAAGAGUAUGAACGUAAGAAUUGAAGUCUCUGUAUUCUUGGUUUUAAUCCUAAAUAUAAUCUCUUGGAUGGUUUGUGAUUUAAUCUCAGCCAAACGUUUGACAUCUGUGAUUGAUUAGAAAUACUUUGUAUCACUGUGACGCUUAAAAGAAUUAUUUUUUUAUGGUAUUACAAAUGUAAAACUUCUUUUAGUCUUGCAACCAAGUAACAUAUAUCGCACAGAUGAGAGAAAUUUCUUCAGACGUAUAGCAGACGCAUCUCCGCACCUGUAUUUGUCAACGAGGAAAGUACAUUACAGAUUUUGUAUUUUCAACACAGAAAAUAUCUCUUUUCUGAGCUUAAUUUUGUGACAUGAUAUUGGUAUGUGACUUGUGAUAUCCAAAUUUUGAGUAAAAAUACAGGACCUAGCUCUCCAUAAUCGGCCAAGGUAGAUGACCGGGGUGAGUCAAAGUUAUGUAAAAAUUGAAUUUGAAUUUGAAUUUUGUUCAUUAUCCAUCUGUGUGCAUGUACACAAUGAAUUUUUGGAUAGUGUUUGAAGUAUUUAUGGGUUGUUUUUUUAAAUAAUUUUUUUAGAAGGCAGUAGGUUAUAUGAUAUGAAAUUGAUGUCCAGACUUUGGUCUUUGAAAAACAGUUUUUAAAACAUUUCUUGAAAUUUAAAAAUAAGCAGCCUUUCUUUUCAAAAUAGAUGGUUUAAAAAAAAGUGUAUGUUGCAUAUAGAUGUAAUUUUUAAAAACUGUUGAUACAUCGGCUUUGUAUGUGCACCAAAUAUUCUCCAACUAUGUUUAUUAGAUACAUGUAAAAUAAUCUUAACUCAGAUUUCUAAAUUUCCUUCUAUUUCAACCUUUUCAUGUCUCAGGUCACAAAAGUAUAUAUAUAAACAUUGAUAGAUAUAAACACUUAAAAUUAUUGUUAUUUCACUCUUAAUUCUUACAAAUUGCUUUGGAUGGCUUGAAAUUAAAGUAGGGAAUGUGGGAGAGGAAAGGCAAGGGAGUCUGUGCUGGGUCUGUAUUGUUGAAAGUGAAAGCAAGUUCACUGCCAUGAGCAUCUAGCAAGGAUUGUAAACAUAUUUUCUUCAGCAACACCACACGCCCAAAGCAUCCUUUGAAGUAGCUGUUGGAAAUAGAGAGAAGAUCUGCCCAAAGAGAGUGCUUUGAUAACAAAUGAAAUAUAUUUCACUCAGUUUGAGUUGUUUUAAAAUUAAAAUAAGUACAUUGACACAAUAGCAGCCCUUUAGUGGAGA